AAGUUCGUGACUAGAAAAUUUCUACUUUCACCGCCAUAUCUCUCUAUCUCUCAGAAGUUAACAAUGGUGCAGAGCUCCUUCUGCAUACUCUCAUCAACGUCGCCGUCUUUGUUCCCGUCCAAUUCCGCCGCCGAUUUGCCGUCGACUUCAUAUCUGCCGUCACCGAGAACUCUCUUCCUGUGGAGAAGCAGCCCUAGGUUCUCCAAGUUCAAAGUUCUAUCCAAGCAGCAGCAGCAGCUCUCGAUUGAUGGAAAUAGCAAUAAUUCUAAUGGCUCGGCACCGGCGGAGCAGUUUCUGCAGAACAACUCGAUUGCGGACUUCAUGAGGUUCAGGCACGGCUCCAAUUCCGAUGAACGGCGAGCCGAGCUGCAGACAGCCGUUGUUAGUUACCGGAAGAGGUUUCCUUGGUCUAUCCUUCAGCCCUUUCUUCGGGUUGAUUUGGUGUCCACGAUACAUAUUGCUGAUAAAGAGUACUUUGCAACCCUUCAGAGGGAACUUGAACCAUAUGAUUGUGUUCUUUAUGAAAUGGUAGCUAGUAGGGAGAGUUUAGAAAGCAGAAGAAAUCUUGCCAUCAAAAAGAAUAUUCAAAGUUCAAAAUCAAGGGGUCUUAAUAUCCUUGGUUGCAUUCAGAGACAGAUGGCAAGACUUCUUACGCUUGAUUUCCAAUUAGAUUGUCUUGACUACCAGGCUGAGAACUGGUACCAUGCAGAUCUUGACUUUGAAACCUUUAAGUUACUUCAGCUUGAGAAAGGUGAGAGCUUCUUCACAUUUGCCAGGGAUAUGACAAUUAGAUCUACCAAAGCCAUUGUGCAAUCAGCAUCAAUGCCAGAUGAUCUUGGCCCUUGGAGAUCCAAACUUCUGUGGGCUUCACGUGUGCUACCUAUGCCUCUCAUCGGACUUGUCAUCAUUGGAGGAGUCUGUGCAGAUAUAGGAAGUCAGGCAUCAGAAUAUCCAGAGAUAGAAGCGCUGUCAAGGCUUGAUUUUGGCGCUGCAAUGAAAGUGUUUCUUGCAAAGCGACUAACAUCCGAAUUCACGCAGGUGACAGCCGAUGUGGAGGCAAAAUCUGUUAUAAUAGGAGAGAGAAACAGGGCUGCAACUGAAGCACUUCAGAAGGCAAUCGACGAGGGCCACAACAAGAUAGCCAUCCUAUACGGAGGCGGCCACAUGCCAGACUUGGGUCGACGACUACGCGAAGAGUUUGACCUCGUCCCCUCUCAGGUACAAUGGAUAACAGCUUGGUCCAUCAGGAACAGCAACAUAACAAGCAGUUCACUUCCACUCUUGAAAUCAGUGGCAGAAGUGUUAGGGUGGCCAUUAAACAGGUACCAAACACUAGCGCUGCUAAUAUUUUCAUCAAUCCUUGCAUUGGAUCUGGUGUUCUGGGAGCUGUUUUUUGGCACUACAGCUAAUUGGAUUACACAGGCUGCUUCCGACAUUUCCCAUUACGUUAGCAAUUAAUGAUGAUAAUGAUGUUGUUGGUUUAUGUAAGGUGUAGGCAUUCUUAACAGAACUUGUACAGAUGUGCAUAUAGUUUUCAACUAUUUGAAGACAUUCCAGAUUCUAAUUCUUGUUGUAAUGGAGUAUUUGCAAUUAACUAUAAUCUAAAAGAUAAAUGUAAAAAUGUACCACAAAUGGGGAUUUUUUUUUUUUAA